CAACCUCAUCCGCAUCGCUUCUAUCACCAUCCUGCAUCGCUGCCUUCUCCUUCGCGUGGUGUAACUUCGUCUCCCGCUAAUUCUCUUAUUACUUUCUCUUGUCCAGCUCGUAUCCCAGCUUCUGGACCAGCUUUACCCAGAACAAUCGCCUUCGCAUCUGAAAAAGUCGCGAAACUCAGUGGCGUAACACUCGCGACUUGCGAAAGCUUUCCAUCAAUCUCUCAUCUCUUGCUCGACUACCUCAACUUCUACAAUCAUGUCUGGCAAAUUGGACAAGUCUCUUGACGAGAUUCUCGUCAGCCGUCGUCAGGGUGCCCGUCGUCGCGAUCGUCGUUCGGCGCCCAAGGCUGCAACUGCUUCUGUUCCCAUCGGAGGCGUGAAGAAGACCACCAAGACUGCCAAGCCUUCCGGCAAGGUCGUUCCAAAUGGUCACCCUGUCUCGCGUGAAAGCAAAAUUAUGGUCAGCGGCUUGCCUGCCGAUGUGAACGAGGCCAAUAUCAAGGAAUAUUUCACCAAGUCUGCAGGUCCCGUGAAGCGAGUUAUGCUCACUUACAACCAGAACGGCACUAGCCGUGGCAUUGCAUCUAUCGUCUUCAGCAAACCCGACACAGCUGCCAAGGCUGCCAAGGAGUUGAAUGGCCUUCUUGUCGAUGGGAGACCCAUGAAGAUCGAGGUUGUCGUUGAUGCCUCUCAUGCUCCCAACGUUCCUGCUCCCAAGCCUCUUGGUGACCGUGUUGUCUCCACCAAACCCAAGCCCAAGCCUGCUACUGCCAAUAAGGCCGCCACUAAUGGCCAAGGACGUGGCCGCCGUGGCGCUCGUAAGACCGGCCGUACUCUCAACCGCCCUAAGCCCAAGACCGUGGAGGAGCUUGAUGCCGAGAUGGUCGAUUACUUCGCUACCAACGAAAACUCUGGCCCUGCCGAUGGCAACGCUCAGGCGAACGGAGCUCCUCAGCAGCAACAGGCUGCAGCUGGUGAGGAUCUCGGCAUGGCUGAAAUCUCUUAAACGAUCCACGAUGCACUCUUCACUGAGAAACGUGAAGUCACUUUCAAAUCCUUCGAAGGGUCUGGGUUUUCUUGCCUACCACCUGGCCACUCUUUACGCACUCGGGGUCUGCCGGUUGGAUUCGAGUUGAAUUCUCCUUAUUUUUUACCUUUUCCUCCCCUCUUGCAUUUCGGAAUGUGUUUACUGCUCUUUGCUUUUGCUCCACCUUUUCUCUUAUUUCUGUGGCUCUUUUAAUGCGUUAGGAACUACCGGUGGUGGGAAGAUUGGGUUUGUUAUCUGUAUCUAAUAAAGAAGCUUGUGGUCAAUGCAUCUCUCAGCAAGCUAUGAUUCCCUGUACACUUACAGUAUUUGUACGGACAGUUUCUUGGUACAGACAAUCUCUUCGGACUUUGGCGUCAGUGUAUCAUUCUAGGAUUUCUCAAUAAGUAAGCUGCAAGAAAGCGAAGG